UUUAACUCCGCUUUGAACGAGCUGAAGUGCAGUGUAAUAUGGCUGUUCCCUUCUCCAACACACACCUGCGCAUCCCAAGAGGCUUUGGGAAUUUAUUAGAGGGUCUUACCAGAGAAGUGUUGAGAGAGCAGCCAGAGGACAUCGCCACUUUUGCUGCUGUCUACUUCACAGAGCUGCUCAAAGCCAGAGAAGAAAGUGGUCUUGACCCAGCAGAGUGGGGUGCCAAGUUGGAAGACAGGUUCUACAACAAUCACUCAUUUAAGGGAACAUCAUUACAAGGAAACAUCAUUUCACCCAAAAUAAACACAAGAAUCAACGCAGAAUCGAGUUCUGAAACUUUGGGAAACAACGAGACUCAGCUCUCUGCAUUAAAAGACCUCGACACUGAUAAUUCAGUUGGCAGUGAGGUCAAUUUAGAUAAGAAGUUUGAUGAGGAAUCUGGUGAGAAGGAACGCGGACAUGCUGAAGAUAUUCUCCCUGCAGAAACAGCAGAUGGUGAUAAAUGUGCUGAAGAGCUAAAAGACACCAAUGAGAUUCCAGGAGAAACAUCAGAAGUUGCAAAAGAAGAAGUAGAUGUUGACAUCUGCAGAUCCGAACUUGAGCCUACACCUCUGCCUUCAUUUGGUGGCCAUGCAAAUGUGGAUGUUUGUGCUGAAGAGAUAAACCUCCAGUCUGAAUCCAGCAAGAGCAAAGAAGAGUUGGUUAGCCCAAAACCAUUGUUCCUGAAUAAAGACCAAUCUGAAUCACAAGACGAAAUACAUUCACACACUGAACAAGAUGCAAGCAAACAAGCUAAUGAAAUGUCUGAUCAUGGUGAUGAUGAUGAUGCUGAAGAUCCUGAAGAGGAAGUGUCAGAAAUUGCUGAUAAUUUAUUAGAAGACAUUGACCCAGAAGAGAAGAGCACUGAGCAGGUUUAUGCAGAAGAAUCCACUGAAAGCACCAUUGAAAAAUACAUAACUGAAAGUGUAGCAGGGCAGGAAUCAGAAGAUGCAAUCAAUGAAGAUCAAGAAGAGACCAAUUAUGAGUACACAAGCACCAAUGACUUUGUUGAAGAUGCAGGUGAUUCAACUUCUGAUAUCAAUAGCCGAUCGCUGAUGGAAAUGAAAGACACUCACGUUGACUACAGUGAUGAAAUACACGACAGUAAAAGUGAAGUCGUUGAUGUCUUAGAUGAAGUUCACCAUCAGUGCGACACUCGUACAGGUGAGGAAGAAGCUGAAAACAGCAGUGACGAAGAGAAUACUUCUAAAAUUCUAGAUGCGUUAAAUGAGGAAGACUUUUUGGAAACUCCAAAACCUGUUUCCCAAAUGAACGACAGUGAAGCUGAAGCAAGCAACGAGAUUUUAAAUGCUGACGCUUUUGAGAAAGAUCUAAACACAGAGAAUGUAAAUGAAGGAAGUGAUCUUGACAGUGAUGGCUUUGAGGCUGAAGAGAUGGAUCUGGACAUUUCAAAUGUGCUUCAGCCAAAUGAGGAAAAAACUGAGGAUGAAGGAAAUCAUGAUCCUGAACCAGAGGAAGAUGCUUUCUCUGAAGCAGAACAAGCCAAUCCUGAGCCUUUAGAGAACGAAACAGUGGUUGUCAAUGAAGAACUUUUUGAGUCACAAGAACAGACUGAAAAUACUGAGAAUGAUGUAGAUCAAGAGGAUCAGUUGGAGGAGCAAAGGGAUAAAAUCCAAGAAAUGACACUUGAAAGUGAAAACCUGGAGAAUACUGACAUCUCUGAACCAAAGGAGGAAUGCAGCCAGCCACAAGAGGAAGAGGAUAUUAUGGACAUCCCAUUGGAUGACCCAGAGGCCAAUAAAGCGGCCGCCAAAAUUCAGGCCGGCUUCCGUGGUCAUAUGACCCGGAAGAAGAUGAAACCAGGCGAAAAGCCCGGUGAGGAGGUGAGCAGCAGUGGUGAGGCCCUCAACGGCAGCCAAGGGGACUCAGGAGGAACAGACGGAGUAGAGACAGACGGCACAUCUGGACCAGAACAGUGAAGACCCUUCUCAAAGUGGAUGGCUUACUGGAUGCUUUCUCCAGGGAUUAUUUUUUUGUGUGUGUGUGUCGAAAAAAAA